GAGAAGCUCCGCAGUCUUUUAAAGAGACUCGAGUCACCUGACAUCCCAACCCCGGCUCGCGCGCCUCCACCCGGCGGGGCCGCCUGACGUCACUUCCGUCCAGACCGGAACCCGAGAUGGCGGCGUUCUUGCUGAGACACGUUAGUCGUCAUUGCCUCCGAAACCACUUUAGCCCUCAGCUCUGUGUCAGAAAUGCUGUUCCUUUGGGAACCACAGCCAAAGAAGAGAUGGAGCGGUUCUGGAAUAAGAACACAGGUUCCAACCGUCCCUUAUCUCCCCACAUCACUAUCUACAGUUGGUCUCUUCCCAUGGCGAUGUCCAUCUGCCACCGUGGUACUGGUAUUGCUUUGAGUGCAGGGGUCUCUCUUUUUGGCAUGUCAGCCCUGUUACUCCCUGGGAACUUUGAGUCUUAUUUGGAACUCGUGAAGUCCCUGUAUCUGGGGCCAGCAGUGAUCCACACAGCUAAGUUUGCACUCGUCUUUCCUCUCAUGUAUCAUACCUGGAAUGGGAUCCGACACUUGAUGUGGGACCUAGGAAAAGGCCUGAAGAUUCCCCAGCUAUACCAGUCUGGAGUGGUUGUUCUGGUUCUUACUGUGUUGUCCUCUCUAGGGCUGGCAGCCAUGUGAAGAAUGGAGAUUCCCAGCAUCAUCUUCCUACAUGUCAUUACAUUCACCCGUCUUUCUGUUUGUCACUCUUAUCUCCAGCCUCGGAAAAGUUAUCCUUACUUGUUUAGAUCCUUUUGUGCUUUCAGAUACCCUUGGAGCAGUAGAGUACCUUGUAGACCAUAAUAGUGGAAAAGGGUCUAAUUUCCCCCUUGUUUCUAAAGAUGAGGUGGCUGCAAAAAGUCCCCUGUUAUGCCCACAGCUUGCCUACUCUGGGCCUAGAGGCAGUUAUUCCCUCUCCAUAUUGGGCUUUGAUUUAUGCUGAGGGUCAGCUUUUGGCUCCUUUUUCUUGAGACAGUGGAAACAAUGCCAGCUCUGUGGCUUCUGCCCUGGGAACUGGGGGUGAGGCUUUGGGUGCCACUGCCUGUGGGUUGCUGGCUUAAAGGACAAUUCUGUUCAUUGGUGAGAGCCCAGGCCAUUAACACCUACGCAGUGUUAUUGAAAGAAAAGAGGUGGGGGUGGAGGAGAAUUAGUCUGUCCCAGCUAGAGGGAGAUAAAGAGGGCUAGUUAGUUCUUAGAGCAGCUGCUUUGAGGAGAAAAUAUAUAGCUUUUGACACAAGAGGAAAAUCCAGAAAAUUAUCAUUGAACAUAUUAAAGAUUAUUUCUUUUUCUUGCAUUUCCAGAAAAGCCUCCUAAUUUUAUGCUUUUUUAUCCAAAUCAUAUACCAUUUUUUUCUGAAACUGAAUUAAAAUACUCAUUUUAUCUUUGA